AUGGAUCGGAACUCAAUUUCAUAUAAUCGAUUGGAAGGAGAAGAUGAUGAAAUUUCAAGUAUAGAUUCCAAUCCAAGAUUAAUGGAGUCACCUAAAUUAUACUCUAAUUCUUCUAAGAAAGUGGACCUAACAAAGGAGGCUAGUGUUACAGAGAUGAACAAGCCCCCAGAUUUGAAGUUUUUAGCUAGUGCUAACUUUUCAUCUGAUUCAUUACCAGAUUCCAAUAAUUCUGUGUUCAACCCAUUUGGUCCUAGUGGUGCGCCAAGUACAUGUUUAAGCCCAACGACUAAUGGACCUAAUGCUAACGAAAGGAGAUAUUCGAAUUCGUCGUUGACCAACUCACCUAUCUUACAAGCUUCAGCUUCAUCCCACAUAAGAUCAAACUCCAAUUCUGGCAGGGCCAGGCCUAAGUCGGCCAUAUUUAUGAUGGACUCUAAUCAUUACCCAAUUUCGGAGGAUGGCAGCCCAGUACAAUCUGCAUUGAACACCCCUCGAGCCAGGAAUUCCAUUCACCUCGCUACCACGAAGAAUAAUUACUUACCUCCACCUACAAUUGUACCUCCAGUUGCUCCUAAGUCUUCUUCAAGGUCAUCUUCACCUACAAGGUCUAUGUCACCUACAAGGUCGACACGUUCAUAUAGAUCAAAGUCGCCUGUUCGCCGCUCAUCAUCCCCUACUAAGAGUUACCAGCCUUUUAAUUUUCAACCUCAAGAGCUUAUGAAUAACGGAGCACAAACAUUACAGAUAAAACCUGCUCACAGAAAAGGACAUAAAUACAAGCAUUCUUCUGUUUCUAUGAAUUUGUUUCAGGAACCCCCACCAGCAGUGAACAAUAACAAUGAAUUGCUAACCAUUGCUGAUCUGUAUCCUAUUCCUACCUUCAAGGAAUCACUUGCAUCCAUUAAUUCUAGUCAAAAAUCUAAAUUAUUAUGGUCAUUUUGUCAUUUAGCUUUAUCAUUGGUGGUAUUUUUAGUAGGUUUUAAGUUCAAACUACCAUCUUUAUCAACUUUAGCUCAUUUGAUUUUUUAUGAUUCGUUAGGCACUUUGGUUAUCGUGUUUGUAGAUAUUAUGUCUAACUUUGAAGUUUGGAAUAAUUCGUCAAUAGCAUACCCAUUUGGAUUAGGACGCCUAGAAGUUUUAGUUGGUUUUGCAUUGAGUGCAUCUUUAAUAAUGGUGGGCUGUGAUUUGAUUAGUCACUCUUUAGAAGAAUUCGUUAUAUCUAUGGUGGUAAAGGAUACCUCAGUUGAGCAUGAUGGUGAACAACACCUGUCACAUCAUAUCCAUGGAGAACAUGGACAUCUGGCUAAUUGGUUUGUAUAUGAAUUGGUUUUAGUCAUCACCGUAAUUGUGACUUUAAUAACUUCUAGGUAUAUCUUAGCUUAUGAUAGAAUCAGUGAAAUGAUAUCGUCAUCUGAUGAAAAGGCCACUUUAGUUACAUCAAACCGUAAGUUGAAAGGUGGUCUUUUGGAUAGAGAAAUGAAGAAAAUUGAAUCGGAAGCUAGACCUUUAAGUUUAGACAGCUUGCAAAAGUUUGCCAACAUUAUGGCCAAGAAUCCAACUCAUUUAUUAACUUUAACGUAUUCUAUUUGUUUAAUGAUGGUCCCAUUGCUCCCAUCCAGCAUAAUCUCACAGAUUAGCAUAGAUAUAGAUGAAGCUACUACCUUAAUCAUUGCUCUUUUAUUAUGUUACGGUGGAUGGAGAUUAGUGAAAAUAUUGGGUGGUGUAUUAUUGUUAUCAUAUCCUUACUCCGACUACGAUUAUCAUGUUUUAAAAUCGUCGAUUAUCGAUAAAAUUUUAAGUCUUGACUGCUACAAAAACUCGUAUAAUAUUGAGAAGUUAUUCAUAUCGAAGUUUAACUAUGAGUUGUAUGUUGUUGGCUUGAAAAUAACUAUGAAAGGUGGUAAUCCUGAUGAUGAGUCAAGAUUGAGGUUUGAAAUUAAUAGAAUUAUUCAGAGCUCUGUUGAGAGAGUAGAUAAUAGUGUUAGAACCAAUAAGAUAGAGGUGACCAUUGAUAUCAAUAGAUAUUAG